UUAAAUGUUUUAAAGAGGUGUGAAAUCAGGAUUUUCUAAAUGGUAGAAACAAAAAUUUCCGCAGACUCUCAUUCUUCCGGCACCUGAAAAAGAUCACAGAUGUCCUUUCGCCUCCAAAACAGCAAAUGUGAAACAAUCGUUGGCAUAAUUCUCCUGAAUCUCAUUGGUCAUGUGUUCUCUCAAUGUAGCGGUUCCUCACUAUCACUGAGUGCUAGCCAAAGUAUCCAGUACUUUACAUCGACAGGUUAUAACAGUGGUGCUGGAACGUACAGCAGUAAUCUAGACUGUUUAUGGAUCAUUGAUAGUGGAGCUUCAAAUUACAAAGUCGUACUGUAUCUAACGAAUUAUAACGUAGCAUGCAGCGGGGACAGCAUCAAUAUUUACGACGGAAAUAGCGUUUCGGGAACAUCACUGAAAUCAAACAUAUGUGGAACUGGUGCCUCCGACAAAAUAGUGACGUCAUCUUCACAAUAUAUGACACUGAGAUUUACAACAGAUGCUGUUAAUCAGUCGGUUGGAUUCGAGGCUGCAUAUUUCUCUGCAGCGGAUUUAUCUGGAACAGGUUGUACAGCGGAACAGACUCUUACACCAACUACAACGCCACAAUAUUUGACAUCACCAAGUUUUCCAGGUCUUUAUGACGUGAGUUCCAACUGUCGAUGGGUGUUAACUGUUUCCGCAGGGACAGUUAAGGUUGAAAUCAUAUACAGCGAUGUGGAAACAUCAACCAACUGUGCUUUCGAUUCACUGGAGAUCUAUGAUGGUGAUUAUGUUUGUGAAAAUACAAAACUAGCCGCCGUUUGCUCCCGAUAUCCAAAUGGUGUGACAGGUGCUUACGUCAGUAAUGGAACUAGUUUUCUCCUCAAGUUUAAGUCAGACGGAUCCGUUAGUUACACAGGAUUUCUAAUCAAAUACACUCAUGUUGUGGAGGUGGUAUCAUCCAAUCCUGUGACGUCAUCAGAAGAUAUUGAAAAUGACAUUGAUCGUUUAAUGCUGGGAAUUGGGAUUGGAUGCGCUUGCGGUGCUACAGGAGCCUUUCUGAUUGUGUUUAUAAUAACUCUUUUCAAAUCCAAAUGUCGUUCACCAAAAAUAGUCUCUCCCAGAGUAAAGACAGUGGAGCCGAUGAAUGGUGGUCCACAUAGCAUGCGAACUCCGUCUGUCAAUGGAUCCAUAAACUCUACUGAAUCAGUCACACACUCAAGAAAUGGAUUUAUCCGACGACCAUUAAGCACAAGCAGGCGAUCCAGCCUGGUUGACGGAAAAUUAAACGGAUUUCUGCCUUGA